AUGGCGCUGAUCAUUGGCACCGCCCGGCCCUUUGUGCAGCCGCAGGUGAACGUCCUCCAGACCACGUCCUUCGCAUGCUUGGCUCUGGCGGCCUUGGGUUUCCGCUUCUGUACUUGGCUCUCACGUGUCGCGCUGGCUGUGCCGGUGCUGCUGCUAGUGCUCUCCAUGCUGCGGCCGGACUCGCAGGAGGCCUUGGCGCUGAGGCUCCACAAGGAAUUGGAGGAGAAGCUUCCCAGCGGCCCCGUGAAGGUUUCAGCCGAACAAGCGCAAUUCCUCUAG